AGCAGUCAAAAAUGAUCCACCAAGACGAUAACCUCCUCAUUACCAAAGUCUUCAAAAAACAUAAGAUUAAUCAUUUUGCUAGGUGGCAUGGUUUAUGAAGGUACACGCUUUAGACCUCUUUCCUUUGAUCUUCCAAAACACCUAUUUCCUGUUGCGGGAGUUCCCAUGAUUCAACAUCUGUUGGAAGCAUGUGUCAAAGUCCCAAAUAUGAAAGAAAUUCUGAUUAUUGGGUUUCAUCAAGCCGAUGAAGCCGUCAAUCAAUUUGUGUCUUCAAUAAUGAAAGAUUAUAAUAUAAAUAUAAGGUAUCUCCAAGAGUAUACAGCACUUGGUACAGCAGGAGGUAUUUAUCACUUCCGAGACCAGAUUAGAAGUGGUGAACCUGAAGCAUUUUUUGUGAUAAAUGGAGAUGUUUGUGGAGAUUUUCCUCUAUCACAUAUGGUUGACUUUCAUCGUACACUUCCAAAGAUAAAUCUGAUUACUGUCAUGGGAACAGAGGCAACGAGACAGCAGUCUAUGUGCUAUGGGUGUAUAGUGGAAAAUAAAGACACUCAUGAGAUCAAGCACUAUGUAGAAAAACCAUCAACUUUUGUAAGCACCAUUAUAAACUGUGGAGUCUACUUAUUCUCCUUGGAAGUCUUCCAACUUCUUGCAGCUGUUUUUAAACAAAAACAUCAAGAAUUUUAUUGUGGGGAGGAUAAUUCCUUGGACAAUAAUAACAAGGACUGUAUACACUUAGAACAAGAGAUCUUAGCACCACUUGCAGGAACAGGUCAGAUGUUUGUUUUUCAGACCUCAAGAUGGUGGAGUCAAGUAAAAACUGCUGGUUCAGCAAUAUAUGCUAAUCGUCACUACUUAGAAUUAUACCAUCAAACUCAUCCAGAUUGGUUGGCAAAAAAUGGUAACGAUAAGCCAGUGAUUAUUGGAGAUGUUUUCAUCCAUCCAACUGCUUUAGUGCAUCCCACAGCAACACUAGGCCCAAACGUUAGUAUAGGUGAAGGUGUUACAAUUGGUGAAGGUGUGAGAAUUCGAGAGUCUAUAAUUUUGGGAAAUGCUACUAUUCAGGAUCAUACAUUAGUUUUACACAGCAUAGUCGGCUGGAAUAGUGUUGUGGGCUGCUGGUCUCGAGUGGAGGGUACACCUUGUGAUCCCAAUCCAAACAAACCCUUUGCUAAAAUGGAGAAUGUUCCGCUUUUCAACAGUGAUGGACGUUUAAACCCUUCUAUUACAAUUUUAGGUUGCAAUGUACAAGUUCCAUCAGAAGUGAUUGUCCUUAAUUCUAUUGUACUACCUCACAAAGAUCUGGCUGCAAGCUACAAGAACCAGAUAAUUCUGUAACAGUUAAACAGUAGCUCAUUCGUUUUAUACCAUUAUGUUUGUGUGUUGCUGUGCCAAUACAUAAGAAAAUUGGAACAAAAUUAGUUGUUCACAUCAUACUAUCCAGUGAAGUGAAAUAUUAUUUCAUGAAACUAUUUGUCAUCCUGAUGUACUGAUGAAAGGAUAAAAAAUUAAUGAUAUAUGAAUAAAGGUUUUGGUACAACAUCUUUUUAUUUUUAUGCUAAAAAUAGCAUUAAAUAAUAACUAAAUUUUUUAAGAAAUAAAUUACUCACAUAGUAGCAUUUUCUAGUGUAUAGUAACAUAGCUAACAUUUUAUUAUUAUCUACAUGUUGUAAUUACUUGGUUAAAAACAUAUACUUUAAAUUGUUGUGCUUAUAGACCAUUAGAAACAAAAUAUAGGUUGUAUAUUAGAUGAAUUAAGCAUUAAUGUCCUAAACACUUGAAUUUUAACUAAAUUUGUGUAACAAAUUGUCAUUUAUAUUUUACAAAUAUGAAUUAGGCUAUAUUUUUAAAAUUAUAUUUUAUGUGAUAUUAUAUACAGCACCUUUUGUUGUCAUGUCACAAAAUGUAAAUAUUAAUAGUUGCCAAGGGUUUUGAUUUAAAGUUAUUAAUUACUUAAAACAUUAAACUUUAAAUUCAAGUGUUCUUUUAUUACGUCCCAUCCUUUACAGACAAAUGGUAUCAUCUUUGAGUAUCAGUAUUUGUUUUCAAUAUGUUUAAGGAAGAUUUUUUCAUAAGACAAUUUACAUGGAAAAAAAAAGAUAUUCCCUAACUGAUGUUUAGAAAUUGCAAUUGUACCUGGUGAAAUUAGAGGCAUUUACUGCUGCACUGUCUCACUACUUUGCUCAAAACAAAAAAUAUUUUAUUAACAUGCUAUUAAUGCUGUAAAUUCUUCGAUUAGUUCGAAUUCAGAAAUGUAUACACAACUUACCUAAAAAUGUUGAUACAUAUUUUUUUCCCAGAUUUCCGAAAAAUUUUCUCUUGGUUGAUUGUGUAGUCUUUUUACACACUAAAUUAACUAUAACAUUUUGUUUCUUUAUAUACACAUUUUCAAGCAGAUGUAGAACCUGUUGACAGCUGUUAUUUGUCUUCGGUGAUUACUUCUUAAUAAUCACCAGUUUGUAUUUUUUUUAACAGACUGCACUGUCAGUGAUGUGGUAUAGUGUUAAAUACUUGAUCAAGCACCACACUGAGCACAGGGAAAUUAUGUAUUGCCACAUGUUGUAAUGUCUUAUACUAACCAUCAUUAAAAAAUAAGCACAUAUUUAUGACUUUCACUUGAUAAAGGUAGCAUUUACUUAUCCUGCCAAAUGUUAAUAUAAUCAUUAUUACAUUCAUAUAUAUAUAUAUAUAUAUGCAAUAUUUAAAGUAACUAUUAUAACAGUGUCUGGAAUUAAGAUUUUUACUAUGCUGUACAUGGAAGAAUCAUUGUGUUGUGUUGGCAAUAAGUACAGUAAAAUGCCACCAUAAUACAUAGAAGAAUGUACGUUUUUUAAUAUGAGGCCUUAAAUUGAUCAAUAAAGCACGUUUUUGAAGUAUGA